AUUCGUAACGUAAUGUUACAAGGUCACGUGAUCGGAUCUCCCUAUCAGGAUCAGAUUUAUCUAAUGUUUAUUUUACCGCCGUUAUUUAAAUUUGUCACUAUGAUUAAUGACAUUAUUGUUCAUUGCUUAGAGGAACUUGCCUUAGACGGUGAUAUAGAUAGGAAAGUUCACUCUAUUGAGUCCGGUUCCUCUACACAACUAUCUGAAUGUUCAAUAUCCUGCUUAGAUGAUUUAUACAAAUCAUAUUUUUGGUCACAAUUUGUGGACUCUAAAGUAUUGGUUUUUUUCCUUUCAAAUGCAAAUGCAAAUGAUGAAUCAACCAUAGAUUCAGGAAUGGAUUCAAUGAACGAAAACUUUAAUAUGAAACAAGGUGAAAUUUUGUUAGAUAAACAUAAAAUUGUAAAGAUGACUCUUCAAGAUGUGCAAAUUAAUUAUGGUGAUGGAUUCAGAAUAAAAACUAUACCUGAAUAUCAGAAGCGGAUAAUAUUUGGCGAUAUCGAUGUAUGGACUAUAACCGUAUUUACUAUAAACUUGAUUUUAUUCCCCAAUAUUUAUUUGAAUCUUACUAUUUUAGACGACGCGACAGAUAACGCCGAUAGAAAAUCUGUGUAUCUUCCUACAAACAAUUCAUCUAAUAGUUCUCGAUCGGUUCAAUCUUCCGAUUACACUUAUGAUCCAACGGACACACUGAUUAAAAUCAAGUUUACUGAAAUAUUAGGGAAAGCUAAGAAUCAGAUUAUGUUAGCUAAUGAUUUAAUGGUGGCAUUGGUACGGACUAUUGGAACUCUAUCACAUCAAGGAUAUAUCGAAAAAAUAAAUGUACCAAAAAAAGACUCGAAUAAACAGAUGGAUCGAUGUUUGAGACUUAUUACACAUUAUGAAAAAGGAAAAGAAUCUGAAAUGGGUCAAAAUGUAUCAGAGGAUCACAAAAUUGGAAUUUAUGCCGAAUUGCCCAUGGAUUAUCAAAUAUAUCAAUUAAUACAAGGUGCCGGUGAAUAUGGGGCCAUCAAAAGUGUUUUCGGAAAUAUGAAUCAUCGUGUUUUGACAAAAAUUCUUGAGCGAUUAGUCAAACCAACACCACCAGGUUUAAAUCGGUUUACUGUGAAGCGCGCUUCUGAAUUUCAAGGCCGCGAAAGACGAUAUCGUUAUUUCUCCCUUGAUGGUUACAUAAAGUUUGCUACUUCUAAUGGAAUGGCAUUAGAAGAGGGUGUGCAACAACUUCCAGAAAAUCAAUCAUCCCCAAUGUAUAUUCAUGACCCGUUAUGGGGUGUGGAAUUUCUUCAGGAUGGUGAAGAAGAAAAGGAUACGGACUUUUUGCAAUCUCAGGAGUGCAGGGAUCGACGUAAAAGGAAAAAGGAAAAGUGGCGGAUGACUCAAGCUGACGUUAAUAAAGUUAUACCUCAAGAACCACCUAUUAAAAGAAAAAGAGGACGCCCACGAAAAAUUGUUGAUGGCGAAAAACCUGCCGUACCAAAAGGCAAGAGUGGGAGACCGAAAGGAAGUAAGGACAAAAAACCUAGAAGACCACCACGAAAAAAAAUGCGAACCAUUCAAGAUGAGGAUGUAAAUGAACUUAACGACGUACAUUUGGAAGAUGCUUGUAUGGAAUUCAAUGAUCUGCCAUCCUCUAACGUUGAAAUGACAGAUGCUCAAAAUCCCAUAUCAUUAAAUGGAUCCGAUUGUAUGGAAUCCAAUGAUCUGCCAUCCUCUAACAUUGAAAUGACGGAUGCUCAAAAUCCCAUAUCAUUAAAUGGAUCCGAUUGUAUGGAAUCCAAUGAUUUGCCAUUCUCUAACGUUGAAAUGACAGAUGCUCAAAAUCCCAUAUCAUUAAAUGGAUCCGAUUGUAUUGAAUCCAAUGAUCUGCCAUCCUCUAACGUCGAGGUGACAGAUGCUCAAAAUCCCCUAUUAUUAAAUGGAUCUGAUUGUAUAGAAAUUUCAUCAACUAACACCAAUUGUGAAAAUCGGACAUCACGGGCUUCUAAAAAUGGUACCAGGAAACGGAAAAAAUCUGUAUCAAAUAGUAAAUCUGAACCUGCAAUUAGAAAGAAGUUUGCAAACUCUGCUUCAAUUACAGCGGCGCUAAGACAGAAUAUAAUAUUGCAAAUUUUAGAAGAACACCAAGUUGUGGAACUCGGUACUGAACUCAUAAAAUUAUAUCAACAAACAUUGCAAAAGGAACCAAAUAGCACGUCUAGUCACGUAAUUGAUAAGAAAACUCUUCAACGUACUGGUUUAUUAAUGGAAGAAAAAGGACUUCUUCGGACCUAUAGUGUGAAAUUGCCCUUAUUAAAUGGUAGCUUUAACACCAAAGUCCUUUUUCUCCAUUCAAGUUUAACAUUUUCAAGCCCGAUAGUGAAAGAAUAUGUUGCAAAAAUGGAAGAUAGAACUAUGCUUGUUGGCAGGUCCCAUAAGCCAACUAAGAUUGAAGAAUUAGAUAUAGAAAUUGAACCUCUAGAGCAACUUCAAAAACGUCUUGCAGUUGAAGCUGCAGCUGAUGAAUCAAUUAAUCUACUUAGCUUACCAACAUCCAAUAAUAAUGAACCUGAAUCUUAUGAAGCACUCAUGUCUAAUAUGCCAUCAACUGUUGAUCCUACAUCAGCUUCACCUGAUACACUUGAAACGCCUGACUCAACCUCAGUUAAAUCUCGUGUACAGACUUCUAAUGAAAUGUGGUGGCUUCAUACGGCGCGUGGUUAUGGGUGGAUUAAUGCUAAAAUGAUUCGAGCAAAAAUAUUGCAUCAAUAUUUAAUUACUAAAAUUAUUGAUGCAUCUCCUGAUGAUUCUUAUAUUGAAAAAAGUACGAGAACAUUUCAUACAACAAUCCUUCUUCGUGAUCUUCCGCUUGAGUUAUAUCUUAAAAUCAUUGGGCAAUCAAUUCCGAGUCAUCGACUGACCGAGUAUGUUCGUUCUGGACAAAGCCUGUCAGUGAGCGUUAUUAACCUUCCAUCAGAAUUACGUGCAGAACUUUUUUCUGGAAAUUAUAAAUUAAGACAAAAUCUAAAAAAGUUAAUCGAUAUCCUCGUAGCUUUGAAAAUUCUAAAACCAAUUAGAAGAGGUUUUAAUGAACGUGGUGAUCCUGUUUUUGAGGUUGAGAAUAAUGAAUCAAAUGAUUUUGAAGAUGAAUUAGCUGGAUGGUCACAGAGUGCGCCAACACCAUGUAGUCCUCCACAAACUCUUUUGGCAUCAGCGUAUCAAUUAAUGCGUCAUGUUCCAAUGAUUGACUUCUCAGUUUCGGGUCCAGAUAGACCAAUUAUCAGAGAUUAUAUGCUUGAUUCAGUUGAAGAUGUGACAAUUUAUUGGAAUGAAUUGCAAUAUGUCGCACGGCAAAAAAUGAUCGAGACAGGGAAUAAAAGUAAUAAUGAACUUAGUGGUGAUGAAGAAACUUUUAAAUCUCGAAAAAAAGCAGCACAAGAUGAUGAUUUUUUAGAUCCUUUGAGAUUUAUUACCUUGUCACGUAAUUGGAAUGCAGGCUAUCCUUUGACUUCUAAACAAAAAAAGAGGUUAGAACAUUAUGUAGAUCUUAGGAAAUCAAAAACUCCUUACGAAGAUGAAGCUUUGUGUAGACAAAUUGCACAAGAAUGUAGCCUUCCAUUUACAAGAGUGAGGGUUUAUUUUAAACACAUUGAAAAUAGUUUUGAAAAGAAAAGGAAUGAUGCUAAAGCGGCUAGGCAAAAGGAAAGACGACGUAGGGUUGCAUCAAAGUCAAAAAAUCUUUCUGGUAUUGUUACUUCCGCUGAAGGAGAGCCUUCGUUUAAACGAAGGAAAAGAGAAACGAUGGUUCAUAAAGUAGUAAGAAAAACGGGAAAUUCUGCCCAAGCAGUAUCCGGAAACCAUGCUGGACGCAAAAGUUUGCGUGAAAAGUUUAAACAAAAAGGAUUAAUAGACACAGGAUCUAUUGCCGAAGAAGAAAAUUUACCGAUUAUUGCUGAUGAAGAACGAUUUGAGACACAAUAUGAAACAUUUUCACAGCGCUCACGUCCAAAAUGGAGUCAACAUGAGGAUGAGUUGGUUCUUCAUGUAUAUGUAAUUCUCAAAGUUCGUUCACAGAAAUCGAGAUUCUUAUGGGGUGCAAUAACUAAAGUGUUGCCGCAUAAAACGAACGAAAAUUGUCGUCGAAGGUUAAAUGUUUUGAUCAAAAAUACGGCAACAUUAGAACGAGUAAAUGUAUUAUUGAGCCAAUGGCCAAGAAUGUAUGAAGCUGGAUUAAAAAGUGGACAUAUUGUCGAUGAAGAUGAAACAUAUGAACGUGUUUUUGUCGAAAAUUACGUAUCAACAAUGCGUUAUCAAAAUCGAUUUUAUGAAGAUAGACUUGUUGGUGCUUCUCUGCGGCAGAAAUUUUCACUGCUCUAUUCUCAUCCUGUAACAUGUCGGAUUUUUUACAACGAAAGUGUAGAUUAUUAUGAAAAAUUGGAUAUAAGUGAAAAUGACAUUAAUGUCCAAUGCAUCCAAGCAUUGGUAAAGAUGAUUCUUAUGACUCCGGAUGAUAAAUAUGAUCCUUCACACGCAUUUUCAAUUCUUAAUUUUUAUCCUGAUGCAAUGGUGAAAGAUGCGAUUGAAAAAUUGAAAGAUACGGGAGCUAUUGUUAAAGUGAAAGGUGGAUCGGAUCGAAGAGUUCCUGAUCCUGCUAAACUUCAUUUUGAUGUGCUGAUUACUCCAAUACAAAAGUCAAUUCACAAUGAGGAAAUAGAUCACAUUGUUACAACUGAGGAAGACGAGUUUCACCAUAGUUUAAUAAAAUCUCGAACAAACAAUUUAUCUUCGAUAAAUACGCAAGCUGAAGAACUAAUUGCCUUACAACAACUUCUUAAUGUGCAUGAUAUUACCUCUAAAGAAUGUCUUAAUAAAAUUUACUAUUAUGUUCGGGGAUUUGGGAACAUUGGCACGACUUUAACAUCUCUAAUGAAAUCUGUGGAUAUCUCCGAAACAGAUUUUCCUCGUUAUAUUUCAUUAUUAGAAUCGAAUAAACCAAGUCUAAUCAAGAAAGUUGGGUACAAUUACAGUCGUUAUGUCUGUAGCAUUUAUGAGAAAUGUUGGUUAGUCAAGACACAUCGGACUCCUAUUUAUCGUUCCAAUAAAAGGUGCAUUGACGAAUUCAUGGAUCUUGAUGAUGGAACGUCACCUUCUGAAUUAUUAUUGCAAAAUAAACGCCAAGAAACGCAAAAUUCAACGGAAUCAUUUGCCGUACCCCGGAUGUGGUAUGAUAUUAAUGGCAAUUUUAUUGAAUCAGUAUUUCGUGGAUGCCUCGAGGUGGUUUUAGGAGUUAUUAUUCAAAAGCCUGGAAUAUAUGAG